AUUUUCAAAGAUACGCCUGUUGUGACGUCAUGGUGCCUGCUGCAGAUAUAAGACGUGAAGUUGUGAGACUGUGACAGACUGAAGGAGAAGCAGCAGUUUGUCUCUGUUUCCUCUGAAGGUGAAGCCUCUUCAGUUCAACCUGCAGAGCCUCAGACAGAUCCACAUCAGCCGGUAUUACUUCCAGCAAAAACUGACGAUGAAGCUGCUCUCAGUCGUCGUCCUCCUCCUGGCUCCAGCGCUCACCAGCGGCAUUAAAAAGCAUCCGAAGGACUGCAGUGUCAUCCAUCAUGACAAGAGACAACGCAGUGGGGUGUUCACCAUCUAUCCUGAUGGACCCAGGUCUGCUGUCCAGGUGUACUGUGACAUGGACUCACUGAAAGGAGGCUGGACGGUGUUCCAGACGAGGAUGGACGGCUCGGUGAACUUCUACAGGCCCUGGGAUCAAUACAAGAAGGGCUUUGGGAGCGCUGCUGGAGAGUACUGGCUCGGUCUUGACCACAUCCACCACCUGACUAAAGGCCGUAAAGUGGAGCUCCUGGUCCAGAUGGAGGACUUUGAGGGGAAAACUGUGUUUGCUCGUUACACUUCGUUCUCUGUCGAAGGAGAAUGUGACGGAUAUUUACUGAAGGUGUCUGGAUUCAUCAACGGAGGGGCAGGAGACUCCCUGAGUUAUCACAAUGGACAAAAGUUCACGACCUUCGACAAAGACCAGGAUGCCUGGAAAGGGAACUGUGCCAGAAGUUACCUGGGAGCGUUCUGGUACAGGUCUUGUCACCAGGUAAAUCCCAACGGGGUUUAUCGUUGGGGGGCUGAUAAAACUCUCUAUGCUGUUGGAGUGGAGUGGUACCAUUGGAAGCGUAAUGACUACUCCCUGAAGAGCAUCAGGAUGAAGAUCCGUCCUGUGCACUAGAUCUCCAGGACCAUCGUACAGCAGAAUAUCAUCAGCUGACCUCUUCAGUGAUUUCUUUCUCUUUCUGUCAUUAAGCAUGUAAUCUCUUAAUGGGCCGUGUUUUCCUGAAACUGGUUCCCAGCACAGUCCAGCAGCACACCAACUCAUGUUAGUGAACAUCUGUGGUGUCUUGCAGCAGCAGCAGUUAGCAACAUUUAGCAACAGUUAGCAGCAGUUAGCAGCAGCAGUAUUGUGGUGUGCAUUUCCAUUCUAAUGCUGCAGCCUGAACGUGUCAUCCUGAGUGAGGGGUGAAGCUGCUGAACGUUUGGAUGUAGAUUUAAUAUUUUUAGAGUGAAUAAUUAGAAAACUGGUGCCGUCUGCGUUCCUUCAGAAACGUGGGCUCAAAGUGAACAUAGGAGCUUAUGAGGGAGUUGGUGGUCUGUGUGCUUCCAUAGUUACAGGCCUGUGAUCAGCACAACAUUGAUUAAAUCAGGCUCAACACACAAAUAUGUAACAUCCCAAAUAUUAAUACACAUCAGCAACGUGUCAGGACUUCAGGCUGAACUGGUGAACUGAGCCGCAGCUGUGACUCCCUCAGCUGGACUGCUGCUCCAUGUGAGCCAGCAGAACCUUCGGCCCGUCAACAGUUAAUGGAUAAAGAUCAACGUUUAGUCUCAUGGUGUGUUCAUCUCUGCACUGUCCUGAUAUUUGGUGGAGGGUUAAACUUUAAUGUGAAUCAUAACCUGCUGUAUGAUGACAAUAAAUAAGAAGCUGAGCAUCAA